CACCACCACCUCCACCACCACCACCACCACCGCCUCCACCACCCUCCUCCACCACACACACCGCUACCUACGCCGCACUACUAUAACUCCGCCGUGUACAUACGACCAACUCGGGCCAAGCAAGCACGCAGCACAGUCAAUCAGAUCCAGCUACAAGGAAGCCUGUCCCCCCCAGCUUUCGGCUACGACUCCAUCCAUCCACAUCCGCCCUUCAGGUGAACCUCCCCUCAUCGCCAGCGACCACCACCACCACCACCACCACCACCACGCCACCGUGACGAAGAGCCAAUUCCCGUGCACCUACAUCUCCGCUCCUAUCCCCAUCCCACAUCACCACCACACCACAGCCAGCACCAGCAACCCCCCUUCGCCCGUACGGCUACGCACACAUCCGCUUACGCCCACAGCGCAUCCUCCAUCGGCCAUCGCCCCCUCCCCUCAUCCUCAUACCCCAUCCAUACCCACACCCACCCACGAUGCCAACCAACCGGCCCUUCCUCGCAAACCUCCUGCUGGCCUUCCGCGCGCACAGCGCGAACGCGAGCCAGCCAUCAACACAGCAGAACACGAACAGCACACCAUCGAAGUCCGCCAGCGCGGCCGCAAAGACCACAACCACCACCACAACAGCAGCAACAACAGCAGCAACAACAACAACAACACAAGCCGUCGUCGCCGUCGCCGCCAGCGCCGCCGCCGCACAGAGCUCGCCUAUCAACACUCCCUCGGGUAAUACGAACAACUCGGGUAAUAGUUCGGGGAACAGCCAGAAUGCCCAGCAGCAGCAGCAGCCGACGUUCACCUCUGCCCGCGGCCGGAGAAGCUCCAGUAGCUCCACCGAGGGGUUUGUGGAGCCGCCUAGUGGCGAGAAGUGGUGGAUCGGUGGCAGGAACUCGGAUGGCCAGGAGAGGUUUUAUAGGUUGCAGCCGGUGAGACGGCAUAGAUCUUAUGAUCGCUUGUCGCUGGAUCGCAUGUCGCUAUAAAUCCAUGCGGAAGGGGUGUUGCAGUGGGAGUGGGGUGGGGAGUGUUGAAGGGGGAGUGUUGAAGUGUCGGUUUUUUUGUGGUUUUCUGUACCCGUACCGUACAUCACCGGAACGGAGCGAACGUCAUACCGUACCCGCACCCGCACCGGCCGAUAUAACUACCACCACCACCACUUCCACCACUUCCACCACCACUUCCACUAUUACAACGCCAUGCACCCAGCAAUCACUAAAAGGAAAAGAAAACGACAGACA